ACUCUAUGAUCCUCUUUGGUUGUGGUUUGUGGUUAAUUUACUUCACUAUUUUGUAUUCGAAAAAUAAUAAAAAUAUCAUCCAUUCAUGGGAAACUGAACCAUAUAUUAUUUUUAAUUUGGAAGAAAAAUAUUUCUUAGUGUGCAACCUUUCAUUACAAGUAUUAGUAUUAUUAUAUCGAAACAUGGCUUUAACAGAGCCCCAGUGCGAUUAUCUACUAAGUAUCUUGGAUAGAGAUUAUGUUAUGACUCGAACGUUGGAGACCCUUUCAAAUGAAGUACACAAAAAAUUUGAAAGGACUGAUUUCUUCAAAGUUGGCAAUGUAAUUAUUUUGCUUCUGCAACAAGAUAUGUUGCCAGAGCCGGAGCAACGGCUAGCAGCAGUGACAUUACUUUAUGAGAUGUAUCGGGGAGAACCCCUAGCCUUAUCCCCCUUUGCGCCAGUAUUCGUUCAUUUACUGCUUCCACAGGAUCAGAAAGCUAAUUUGAAUGUCAUAGGACAUUUGCCAAGAAUUACAGAACCAGAAAAAUCCUUUAUUUCUCAGUUAGUCUCUGAUGUAUCCAAAGAUAUACUGUUGAAAAAAACCGCAACUCAAAUAAUAAAUUCUGAUUACACAGUACAUACACCAGUUGACCUCUCUAAGUUGCAAUUGUCUUUGGUGGAAAAGACAUCUGAAUUACCCCUCACUAGUAAGGCAGCAAUAUCAGUUAUUUUACCAGGUUUUGAGAAUACUAAAAAAGACUCCAAUUCUUUGUUUGAUAAAAAUCUUAUAAAAAUGCUAGCUUCGGGGGAGGAUGCUCCAAUAAACAAGGUCUACAAGCCAGAAUUUGUUUCAUUAGCACCUCCAUUAUUGAACUGCCAAGAUGAGCCUGUAUGGUUGAAUCCAAUCACCCCAAGUGAACAUAGUGUGGCUUAUGAUUCAUCAAUGUGUAUGACAUCUAAAAAAAUUUAUGACACCAGAAAAUUGAUGAGUAAGGCUUACGAAGGUGCUCUUACACUUCAACAUCAAAAUGAAAUUGUGGCCGAACUGGCAAAUGAUUCUAAACUCGUUCAUCAUAUAGGCUUAACUCCAAAAAAGCUACCAAAAUUAGUUGAGAAUAAUCCUCUUAUCGCUAUAGAGGUAUUACUUAAACUCAUGCAGUCCAAACAAAUAACAGAAUACUUCAGUGUACUAGUUAAUAUGGAAAUGUCCUUGCAUUCAAUGGAAGUAGUUAAUAGGUUGACUACUACAGUGGACUUGCCUACUGAGUUUAUACACCUCUAUAUAUCCAAUUGCAUAUCCACAUGUGAGACAAUUAAAGACAGGUAUAUGCAAAACAGAUUAGUACGUCUUGUGUGCGUUUUUCUGCAGUCACUGAUAAGAAAUAAAAUCAUCAAUGUCCAGGAGUUAAUCAUAGAAGUUCAAUCUUUCUGCAUUGAAUUCAGUAGAAUUAGAGAGGCCGCUGCACUUUUCAGACUCCUGAAACAACUUGAAUCUGGGGAAGAAUGACUAGAGGAUAAUAGCAUUCUGAGUGAUGCUUCAGCAAAUGACAACAACAAAACGUGAUUGUCUUUUUAUCAUGACAAAGUGAUACUGUAUUCAAGAGGAGAAAUUAAACUUCAUGAUAUAACAGGAAUGGGUGAUGAAUUCACUGAUUCAAAGAUUAUGGAUGCUCUACGGCCGAAAACCUUAACAAUGUUGAUGAUACCAGUCUUUAGUUGGGACUAACAUGUGAGUUUGAAUUGAGACUGAGAUUCAUCCAAAAGUGCCUACAAGAGUUUUGGGUGAAAUCGCUCAAAAGAAAAGACUGAAAUGAGCGGGGAAUAUUCCAAAAUCACUGGUGUAUUUAAUUUGUCAGAAAAGUAAGUGAUGCUUCAAAGUGAUUUUUGAUUAUUCAAAGAACUGUUAUCACAAUACAUCAAGUUAUAUCAACCUUGAUUGACUUGAUGUUUAACUGAUUGUUUUCCACUAUUUUUCUAUAAAAUUUGUUGUUGGUCGGCUUAAAAUGUAAAUUAAUCAUCGCUUAAAAUAUUAUCAUUCUUCUAGUCGUGAUGAAAUGUUUCUUGAAUUGAUGAAAAUAUUGAUUGAUAUUCAUAAUACUCCUUGCUCCUCAAUUUCUUCUCUAAACACAGUGUGAAUGCAGAAUCAUCCCGAGGUUGAUUCAGAGUAAUUUAUUACCCUUCAUGUAAAAACCAUUGCAUAAUUCGAAAUUUUUACUAGAUGCCUAUUUUCCUAUGACUCACAGUGAAACAGUGUGAUUCAUAUCUUGAAAUAAGGACAAUAAAACCCUUAGGGGAUAAUCUAUUUUGUCUCGCAUUUACCUGUAUAAAAGUGUCUUCCAUGAAUGAAAUGCUUAAAAAAAGUUGUUGGUGAUGAACAAGUCAGCUGGAUGGUUUAUGAAUUGUACCUACAGUAAAUUGUUGAUUGUAUUGAGUGAAGCAAAAUUCAAAUAAAAUUUUUGCUUUUUGGGGCAGAUAAGAGAAGUGCAAUUAUUCAUCACUUGGUUUUAUUUUUUUCCCUUAAUAUAAUUUUUCUCAUUCAGAACUGUUUUGUAAAUUAUUGUAUGCUAUGAACCAUGUUUUUCAUCAUUGAUAAACUUUUGAAUAGAAA